CUCGUCACGAGCGGUCGUGUGGUUGCAGACUCGUGUAUUUUUCGUUACAAUAGUGUCAUGUGUUCGGAACUCGAGGACUGGCCUUAAAGAUUACAUUUUAUCUUCUAAGAUAAAAAUAUAAAAAAGAUAUUUGGUCAAGAAAACCUUUGAAAAAUGACAAAAGCGCGGAGAGAUUUUGCCAGUUAAUAGUUAGCAACAAAUGUGUUAAAAAGUAUUAAUUGUUAAGAAAUUAAUUUAAUCAACCAAACACAAUUCAACAUGGCGACUGAAGACGUUCGGAAACGUAGUUCGGUUGCUAACAGUAUAGAAAUGGGCGCUGCCGAGAAAAAGGAAAACGGCGCUGGAAACAUCACACAUGAGAUUUUAGACUACGAACCAACUGGUUGGUUUGAAGUGACUAUGAUGAAGACAGGCAAUUCGCUUGACGGUUUUAUAAAGAAAAACAAUUCCGCCAUGAAGACGAUCACGAUUUUCGUAUUUAAUGGUCUUGUUAUAGGAUUCUUUUUCGCCUGCAUGUAUUAUUGGAUGACAUAUAGUUCUGAUCCACUUGAACUAUGUAACGGAUUUGGAAGUCUUAUUGCAUUUUUGGGCAUAAUCUACUUCUUCGUCAUAUACUUCUUAGUCGUGAAGAAGUUCUUUGGAGAAUGGUUUGAAAGAACUGUAUGGACGAAAGUGGACAGUGUUUCAUCAUAUUUAUGGAAAAUCAUACUUUUCCGAUGGAUUUUCUGCUUAGCAAUCUUGGCUGCUGUUGCGUUCUUUUUGUACUGGGACACUAAAGACGCGCCUGAAAGAUUGAUUUCGUUGCUCGGAUUAAGUCUUUUGCUAAUUAUGGGGUUCGUAUUCUCAAAGCAUCCUGGUCGAAUAAACUGGCGCAGCGUUAGUAUGGGACUACUGAUACAGUUUCUCUUUGGCGUGAUCUUCAUCAGGUGGGACACGGGAAGGUUUGCGCUGCAGUGCUUCUCAAACAAGGUGGCUACGUUCCUCUCGUACGGUGUGGAAGGCGCUGGAUUCGUAUUUGGCGAUUUACUCGUCAGACAAGAACAAGUCUUUGCCUUUAGUACUCUACCAGUAAUCUUCUUCUUCAGCAUGUUAGUUGAAGUGUUGUUCUUCUGGGGGGCAUUGCAGUGGUUCUGCCUCAAGCUUGGACGUCUUCUGCAAGUAGCUACCGCUACUACCGUAUGUGAAAGCGUUAUAGCAGUCGGAAAUGUGUUUCUUGGAAUGACGGAAUCGAUUCUUCUGAUAAAACCUUAUCUAUCAGUGCUGACAGCAUCCGAGCUUCACGUUGUAAUGUCUUCUGGUUUCGCGACUGUUUCUGGUACGAUCCUUGCUGCGUACAUUGGAUUCGGAGCGGAGCCCGCGCACCUCGUCACAGCCAGCGUUAUGUCAGCUCCCGCCGCAGUCUGCUUCGCCAAGCUGCUCCUCCCCGAGACGAAGCGCUCGCUCACCACCGUGGACAAUAUACAGCCCGUUGAGAUCAAGGAGCAGUCGGCGCUGUCGGCGGCGACACGCGGCGCGGCGCAGGGCACGGCGCUCGUGCUCAACAUCAUCGCCAACCUCGUCGCCUUCGUGUCCUUCAUCGCCUUCGUGAACGGCGUGCUGGGCUACUGCGGCGGCCUGCUGGGCGACCCCGACAUCAACCUGGAGUGGAUUUUCGGGAAGAUAUUCAUUCCGUUAUCCUGGAUGAUGGGAGUUCCAUGGGAUGAAUGCGAGCUGGUGGGCUCCCUAAUCGGUUUGAAGACGGUUGUGAACGAAUUUGUGGCGUAUCAGAGGAUGGGGGAAAUGAAAGAAGCGGGUUUAUUAUCGCCUCGAGCGGAACUGAUCGCGACCUACGCCCUCUGUGGUUUCACCAAUCCCUCUUCAGCGGGUAUUCUGAUUGGGGCGAUAUCUUCCAUGGCGCCCAACCAAACAGAAACCUUGUCCAGUAUGGCGGUGAGGGCAUUUUUCGCUGGUUGCGGUAUAUGCUUCAUGACGGCGUGUAUAGCGGGAAUCCUAAUGCCAGUUGGAUCAUUCGGAUAGCGACUGCGUUGAAGGCAUUUCCUUCAUGAAACGUUUUCGUAAUCUGAACUGUUAUGUUUGUGAUAAGAAAUGUGAAAUUUUAAGAUUAUUAUAAUUAUAUUUUAUUGUGACUUUUUAGUGACUGAUAACUGAAAUCAUAGCUGACCUUUCUACGUAUAACAAAAUGUAUUUAUUCAACAAUAGGCUAUUUGACUGGUUAUUAAAAUCCAUUUUAUGUUAUUUAGUAGAGGUUAAGGAGCCCAGUAAUUGUUGUUUUUUUUUUUAAUUCUAGUACAUAUUUGGUGAAAAAUAUCAAAUUAAAAAUUCCAUAUUUAAAUGGCGCGCCAAACACUACUUUGACAAUAUGGCGCUGCAUUUGGGUCGGUGACGUCAGUUGCCUCUAUUGUAAUCUGUGGCACAUAUAAUCCACAUACAGUACGCAAACAAGGUUGACAAGCUAGUGCCGUCAUCAUAAACUCGACCAAUCGACGAAUCAGAAUCGUUUUCUGUCACGUGACAAACGUUUAAAAAAAUGCAUUUUAAUUUAUGGAUUUUUAAAAAAAUAAUUAUUAUUUUCAACUUUCGUUAAUAAAUAACUAUUUUUAAACUCAUAAUAUAUACCUACUGAUUACAAUAAUUGGCACUUUAUUUUUUGCAUUGUCAAAUAGACUAUUUUGUUAAGCUACUCUGUAACAUAAUACUCGACAUUCACCGCAGAACACGAUUAUUAAAUGUCAACAUAGAUUAUAAGAAAAGCCUUUCAAUAUUUCACAAGUGAGAUGUGAAGU